CGAUAGCCAUGCGCAAUGACGCGAGUCUACGCGUGAAGCACCACCGUGAACAACUAUUAAGAACCCUCCUAUGGCCUCGGCGAGGUAUCAGCAACUCAACAACAUGCGAGGACUCGAUGAGAGCACUGAUGUCCUCCUUCGAGUCGGCCAGUCUGCGACUGAGCAGGUGAGGCAUGGAUGGCAGGCCUUUGUCAAUUUCGCAGCUCGGGACAACGUCCUCGAGGUCGCCCUCGGUUUGAUUAUCGCUAAUGCCUUCACCAAAGUCGUGACCUCUUUUGUAUCGGAUUUGGCGCUGCCCAUUGUCUCUUUGUUGCCAUUCUUGAACCGGAAUAUGGACCAGAAAUUCGCCGUUCUCUCACAGGGGCCUAAUUAUGCCGAAGGUGAGGGUUACAAUACCCUCAAACAGGCGAGGGACGACGGUGCGCUUGUUUUGGCAUGGGGGAUGUUUGUCGAAAACAUACUCAAUUUUGCUGGUGUCAGUUUGACUUUGUUUGCGGUCGCCCACUUGUACAUGUUCGUUUCCCACGAUAGAAUCAUCAAGCCCACUGUUCGGUGCAGGUAUUGCAGAAAGUUCAUCAGUGUCGAGGCAAAACGCUGCCUCAACUGCUCGAGCUGGCAAGAUGGAAGAGAAGAUUUGCCCGGAGAGAGUAACAACAGUAGCAGCAGCAGCAGCAGCAAAAGCGCCGAUCGAGUUUGAUUGAGCGAAUAUCUGCCUUUUCCUUUGCCUGUGCAUUCUCUCUCGCAUGAUCAUGGAUCUGGAGACUUCCAACUUGAGGUAGAAAGCAUGUCCACUAGAUCCAAUACCAACAUUUUCACAGUUUACCCAAACGCCCGCCUCCAGCAAGUAUAGGCAAAGACGAAUUGAUUUCUCGCAAGUUGAGAGUCCAGCCAAAUAAUCCUAGUUUGAGC